UCUAACCGGCUCUCAGUCGGGAGCCGGCUCCCUUCGUUCCGGCUCCUAGAGCCGACUCUUUCUCGACCGACACAUCACUGGUGUUUAGCGUAGCGAGGUAACUGCUAGGCUGUGCUGUGCCAGCAACGACUAAAAAGAUGCACACUGCUAGGGCUGUGUACAAUGUGGAGGUUCCUGCAAGCUAGUAUAUGUUUAUUUUAGGGGGGAAACUGCUGUUACUGUACGACACAAACGCUAGCAGAAAUGGCCGGGAUUAUUAAAAAGCAAAUUCUGAAACAUUUGUCAAGGUUCACCAAGAAUCUGUCCCCGGACAAGAUCAAUCUAAGUACGUUGAAGGGGGAGGGGCAGCUGUCCAACCUUGAGCUCGAUGAAGAGGUAUUGCAGAACAUGCUUGACCUACCUACCUGGCUGGCUGUCACUCGGGUCUACUGCAACAAAGCCGCCAUCAGGAUACAAUGGACAAAGUUGAAAACAAGCCCCAUCUGCCUGUUCUUGGAUAAGGUAGAGGUAGAAAUGAGGACAUGUGAGGAGCCACGUCCACCUAAUGGCCCCUCUCCUAUAGCUAUUACAGCAGGCCAGAGCGAGUACGGCUUUGCAGAGAAAGUGGUGGAGGGCAUGUCUGUUAGGAUCAACUCCAUUACCAUUAAGGUACAGGCUCGUGCCUUCCACGCCUCCUUCGAGCUCUGGCAGCUACAAGGCAACAGCCUCAACCCCAAAUGGCAGCGCAGUGACCUCCGCUACACCCGCGUCACCGACCCAAAGAGAGGAGAGGUGCUGACAUUCAAAGAAAUUAACUGGCAGAGUUUACGAAUCGAGGCAGAUGCCAUUGAGAGUGAUGACCAGGACCUUGGUAGCACCCCGUUACGCCUCAUCACCAACCAAGGACGCAUUCGUAUCGCUCUAAAACGCAGAAUAAAGGACUGUAAUGUGCUGGCAUCCAAGCUGCUUUUCAUUCUGGAUGACCUGUUGUGGGUGCUGACGGACUCUCAGCUCAAAGCCAUCAUCCAUUACGCCAAAUCUCUCAGCGAGGCCAUGGAGAAGUCUGCCCAGCAGAGGAAGAGCAGGACUGCUGAAUCCCUACAGACUGCCCCUCCAUCGCCUGGUCUCCACAGCCUUUGGACAGAGCCCCCACCCGCUCCUACUGGCACCCCCAACAACGUGAGUCAAUACUUUGAUCUCUACGAUGUCAAGGAGUCUUCCUACCACACCUUCAUAUCCCGCUUGGACUUACACAUAUGCAACGACAGUUCUUCAAUGGAUGAAGAUGAGCCUCCCCCACUGGGCUUGCAAGGUGCCAUGCAGCUGACAUUCAGGAAGCUGGGUUUUGACUACUAUCCCGUCCACAGACCUGCUGAUGGAUGUCGACACUGGGAACGCCACAGUGGAGCCAUGGAAGCUCAGGCCCAGUGGGCUGGGAAACUGCUGCAGGAGUACCAGAGGAGAGCAGAGGCUUCUGGGUUCCCUGGGCCACAUGCUGAGGUGCCCCAGCCAACCAAGGACUCUGCGAAGACAGUUCAAGAUGGACACUCUAGUGCCAAGUCGAGCCCCUCUGACACAGAGCAGACAUCCAACAGGAACUCUGUCAAAGCUCUCUCAGGGUCGUCACUGAAGAGGCUGCGAUCCAGCUGUGUGGUGAUCAGGAUGGAUGACGUGGAUAUUCACCAGGUGUCUACAAGAGGCCGUCAAAACAAGAAGACCCAGUCUUUAUUAUCCUGCAACCGUAAAGCUCUACGUUUGCCAGACAACAUACCAGCAGUUCAUCUGCAGUUUACUGAAUACUACUUUCCUGACAACUCCAGUUUAUCAGUGCCCACCUCAAACCUGUAUGUCCAGCUGAAUAGCCUCCAGCUCUGUGUAGACCCAGCCAGUGUGCUCUGGAUCAAUCUGUUCUCCAGGGGUCUGCUGCACACCCUGGACCAAGUCAAAGCUUUCUACCAUUUGCAAGACAGCAGCAAGGCUGAAGAGCAUUUAGACAUUCGCAUGGAUGCAGCUCAGCUUAAGCUGAUAAUCCCCUUGGAUUCUUCCAUAUUGGACCAUCCGGAACGUCCACAGUCCCUCUCUGUUACUGUACCCCAGAUGGUUCUCAGCAACACCCGCCACUGUCCUCAUGGCUCCAGAGCUGAUCUCAAUAGCACCUAUGACAAGUUUGCCAGCUGCCCUUUCUUCCAGCCCACACCUCCCUGCUCCUUCCCAAGAGACCAGAGUGCCUUCCACCCCAUCCCGUCCACCUUCCUCAAGCACUCUCAAGAGACAGAACCCCAACCUCUGGACAGAAAGCAACUACGAUCCCAGGAUGUCUGGUCUCUCAGUUUGUCCCGUGUGACCCUAGGUUUUGAUGGAGCUCGGCGAUUCCCCAAAGGCAGAACCCAACCUUUUGUUGAGCCCUUUGCCGUGUCUGUGUGGAUGUGUCUGCCCUCUACCUUUAAAAAUGGUUCAUCGUCUUCCUCCUCCAGUCUCGGCAGAGCCCACCAGCCGUCUUCAGAACAGGAAGAGGCUUCGCUUGCCUCUAUCCACUUCUUGGCCCACACCAUCACUCCAGUGAAGAUGUGGCUCAACCACUACCAGUAUGUUGCCCUGCUGAGGAUGAAGGAUGCCAUGGCUCGGUUGGGGGCAGAGUUGGGCCGGGAUCUACGAGAUGUUAAGCAGGCUCACGGCCAGAAGACAAAACCUGCUACAGUUUGUUUUGCCCUCCUGGUGGACUCUGCAGAAUUGGGUCUCCUGUUGCCACCAGUCUGCUCAGAGCCUGAGGAAGAGGUCCCCCACACCCCAGAGACUGACAGCCCCAGUAUAUCAGACUCUGACAUCUCCCCCACUCAUCAAUCUGCAGAUGUGGUCCUAGAGGACAGUGGGUUAGAAAAUGGCAUCUCCUCCGUCAAUACAGCUGUCACUGCUUUUGAUCAGGAUGAACAAGAUGCGUUGGUGGAGGAGGCAUGUGAGGCUGUGGAGGAGGGGGAUGGUUUGACAACACAGGAGGACACCUCUGUUCUCUCACCUCCACUCUCACCUGGACACUCCCCUGUCCUCUCCCGCGAACUGUCCACCUUUAGCCUGGAGGGAGAGCUGUCAAGCGCCAUUAACGUCACCAAGGAUGUGACCAAAGAUGCCAUUAGUGCCUCGCUGGAUCUGACCAAAGGGGCGUUUUCAAUAACAAAAGAUGCCUUUAGCAUGUUGAGUCGUGGCUCAGGGAUGAGCAAACUGUUCAGUCCGCAGGCAAAGGAACAGGUCCAGCGUUCAGAAGAGUCCUCCCCAUCUCUGGCUGCCAGCCUGCGCCACCAAUCCAUGAAGCAGUCGCCUUCCCAGCAUUCCUUUGAUAGUGCUAUCUUGGAUGGCAGCCUGCCUGACGAAAAUCUCUCCGUGGAUAGUGAUGUCAGCGACAAUUUUGUUGUUCUCAUGGACUCAGAGUCAGGUAUGGAGUCCAUGCGUCCCAACAACACUCCUGCAGGCAGUCGAGGCAGCCCAGCCCCAGAGACAGAGGGAGGUUCAUCAGCUGACCUCAGCAGCUCUCUGUCCCAGAGUAUUGACGAUGUAUCUCAGGAUAUGUCCUCUGUGUUGUUGCUGAUCCUGAGUGGAACAGCCUGUACUGUGGAAGUAAAGGGAGAAGACCAAGUUGUGGCUGUAGAAGCACAGAAUCUGAGCCCUGUACAGAUGGGUAAUGUCAGGGUAUGGGACCUGCUGGCUGGGCACAUACAAGCUCCAGACAGACCAGUCCAGAAGCAGGAUAGGCGGGGUAGCAGAGGCUCUCCAGCAGUGUGCAUGCGAGCAGAAAUGGGUCCAUCUGCUGCCCGACACUCUGCUCUGGCCGAGUCUUUGGGCUUCCUGGAUGUGAGAGUGCAAGACUGUAAGGCAGAGCUGUUAGCCUCCACAGUAGCGAACAUUGGUCCUUUUCUCGAAGACGAAUUCAGUACUGAUGGUCAGCCAAUGAAGUUACACAUGAGCAACAUCACCAUCACUUUGAAGGAUGAUAGCCCUAAAGUCUACCCUACAGCCCCUCAACCUGUCCCGGCCUCAUUCAUUGUAGAUCAGCUGCUCCUCGAGCGUAGUGACAAUGGCAUCAUGAGGCUCAAAGCUGAAGCUACAGAACCUAAAGCCUCAGCAGGUGCUCCUAUGGCUGGCCCGGACAACCCACACAGUUCAUGCUCUGUUCAACAGCAGAGCGAGAGACAAACCCUGGAAUUCAAGCUCUCUAGUGCCCAGGCUGCUCUCACCCAGGCACUCAGUGACAGAGAACGCCUCCUUCUGGAAAUCAGGAAGUAUGACCCCACAUUUACUCUCUGAACCUACUGUAUCACUGCUCCUGCUGAGGAACAGUGAUGGGAUGUAUCAGGCUGAAUGUCAGGAACCAGCAAGACUCUUUAGAAGCAUGUCUGGACAUUGGACAUGUUUUAAAAGAAGAUGAAUCCAAGUUGUGGCUUUGGGUCACUUCCCACUUUCUAUAUCACACUGUUCAUGAGAUUACAAAAGAGCCCCUAUUACAAUGACUAAAAGGGGAACCUAGUGAACUCUUAUAGGUACAUUAAUGGUACUACUUUUUAUCUGGCAGUCUAGAUAUUCCUCACUGCUGUACUAAUCGCAAAUUAUUCUGGUUAUUUCUCUAUGUGGACAGUAAACUCGUGUGAUUUCAGUGUUUGUCACACAGCAUGCAAGGGUAAAUAUCAUCAAGCUUUAAUUCUCUCCAGUUAAUUAUUUGUGAUACAGAAAUGUUAAGUCGAGCACAUGCCAAAACCUCUUCUUCACAUGCACUGACACUGCCAGACAGCUGCUAGUCCAUUAGUCGCUCCUUCUACAAAACACGACUUACUGUCAAGCAUGCUUUGUGAACAGUGCUAAUUUACACGUAGCACAUUUACAUAUAGACUGUCGUAACGCUACAUAGACUUAGUAAUGUAGAUUACAUCUGUUAGGUGUGUGUUCCUUUUCAUUUAAAAGUAUUAUCAGCUGUUACUUGUUGAAAAUGUGUGGUGAAAGGUAGGGAAAACAAAGCACUUUUUUUUUAAACAUUUUUUUUUAAGAAAGCAGAACUACACUGCUUUCAUGGAAUGGUUACACACUCUUAUCAAGUUCUGACCGUGCUCAAAAAGCGGGUUGAAUCAUUCCCCAGUGUUAUUUUUCUUUGUGUUGUGAAAUGCUGAUUGUGCUUCUUUUGUACUGUGAAACAAUGUGCUCUGUGGUUGAAUGUCCACUCAAGACAACACGCCUUUCGAUCUCUCCCUCGGCUGUGGAGAGCAGAUUGCACAGUAGCUUCAGUAUUGUAACUGCGUUUUCACUCUAAAAUAUCUGGUUUAAAGACGUUUGGGAUUAUACCAGCUACCAGAGUUAUAAUACUUGAUCUACUUAAAACUAGUUUUGUGGCUUGCCAGGAAACAACUCAGACUGCUAGUGUUAUUACCUCUGUGCACAUUUAUCAUAUAUACAGUAGUAUAGUGGUCAGACAUCAUUAACUUAAAGCUCAUUGUGGAUGUUGUUUUACUUGUGUAUAUUUAUUUACAUUUGUCAAAGCAUGUUUUCUUUUGUUAUACAGUGUAUUGAAGCCAUAUCUAUCAAAGGAAAUUACAUUUAAAAAAGAUGUGGUACUGAUAAUGUAUGCACACAGUGUGUCAUGUAAAUGCUGAAAAACGGAUAUUUUUCAGCAUGUUUAAUCCUGAGCUGCUGCAGAUUUUCAGACUAGUUGCCAGUUUAAAUUUCUGUCACUUUCUUUUUUCCACACAUAAAUCUGUUGUGCAUGGAUUCAAACUGAUGCAUUUGUUCAUCAAAAAGACAGUAUAACAUUCAUUUUAUGAAUGCUUUCAUGAAGAAGGCCUCUCUGCUACAUUUCAUGUACAAAUAUGUACAACUAUUGUUAAAUCAGUGGUUUUAGCCUUUGGAGGUAUGGUUAUCUAUCUUAAUGGUUGCACUACCUUUCACUUCCAUUCAUCAUUGGGUGCUUGGGAGACCCCUGGUGGCUGUGACUGCCACAGCACUCCCCAUUCAAAACAACAUCUUUUCUUUCUCUUUUUUUUAAACUUUGGUUUCCUUGCAAACUGUGAAUGACAGAUUUGCAUUCUUAAAGAGGAAUGUAAAAUAUUUAAGCAAUAGAAAGAACUCUGGUUUAACCAAAAACAUGACAAAGAACAGUACAUUUUUGAUGUGGAAUUCUUCAGUUUUGUAGGUGACUGUCAAAGAAAAAUGAUUUAUCUGUCUACCAGAUUUUAACGUUUUCCCCUCAUCUGCAUGUGAACUCAACACAUCCUCACUCUGUGUAACAAAGCAAGAGAUACUACCCUUUAAUGUCAGUAUCACUUAUAGUUGUGAUAUUCUUCUCAGCUCUCGAUGUUUAUGUUUUUGCAUGGCCUUAGUAGACAAAUAUACAGUGGUACGAAAUUGAACUAACCAUGCUGGAUGCAACAUGUAGCUGUAAAGUUUAUCCAGUGUUCCUCUCCUCAGUGUUAAGUAGCAUCUCUGUUCUGCUCACAAACUGGUGCUCUGAGUUCCAUCUGCUCACAAACAUGCAAAAAGGAGGCUCACCUCUCUUUUCAUGUGACGACUGACCUGGCAAAAUGUUUGCCACUGGAAAGCAGAUGCAUGUACUGAAGUGAGGUAUAGUUUGUGAUGUUAUAGCCUCAUGAAUUACUUGCACUUGUGUGAUAAAUUCACUGGAAAUUGCACUUGUUUUAAUGUAAAUCACUUCAAGGGAUUGCAGAGGAGUCCUUGUGAAAUCUUCCUAAGUGAUGCAAAUGUUGGAGACCUUGUAGACAGUAUUUUUGUCAGCGUAGAGUUACAUUGAAUUUUGUAUUGUCUUUAUCACUUCAUUGAGACUAAUAAAAUUGGUUCUGUGAACCAAAGCCAGUAUGUGGAAAAUAUUUUAAAAGUGAAAGAAUAAAUGAUUAAUUGCUGAACACAUUUCAGUUGUGCCUUUACGUUUUAAUAGAAAAUGCAUGUCUCCAUGUAACAAAGUAUGUAUUGCAUCCAUGUUUUUGUUGCCAUAAAAUGUAAAGAAACAUGUA